CUGAAAGUCAAUUGACGCGAGAGACAUGAGAGUGUCUGCGCCCGGCAAAGUCCUGAUCACGGGCGGGUACCUCGUCCUGGACCCUGCAUUUUCUGGAGCCGUCAUCGCUGCGAGCUCUCGCUUUUACACUUCCAUCACUCUGGAAUCCUUGAAAGAUGACGACGUCGCACUGGCGCCUUCAACUGCCGUUCCAGUGCGCAUCCACAGUCCCCAGUUCCACCAAUCCAUGCAAGGUGUCCUGACGGCGUCGUCGUUCCACAUUUCCCCUGACAGCAUCCCGAAUCCGUACGUUGAAAAAACCAUCCGCAUCUGCGUCGUGGCGCUUGUGGGGCUCCUGGGUGCCGCAGCAUUCGAACGCCACGUACACGAUAUGCUUCGACUUCGUCAAAGCCUUGCCAUCACGCUCGAAGCUGACAACGACUUUUACUCCCAACGAGACCAACUGCAUAACCAAGGGUUACCAGUCAACCGCAAGACCCUAGCAUCACUUCCUCCAUUUCUACCGAGUCUUUUAGAUGAUGCAGGCCACGCCAAGAUUUCCAAGACCGGCAUGGGCAGUUCCGCUGCGCUCAUCACAUCACUCGUUGGAGCCCUCUUGGGCUUUUUCGGAGCCGCAAACUUGCCCACCGAUGCUGGGCCUCACGAUGCGUCAACUCAAGUCGGAGCCGACUUGGUCCACAACCUCGCCCAAAUCGCGCACUCCAUCGCUCAAGAAAAGAUCGGGUCUGGGUUUGACGUCUCGGCCGCCGUGUACGGGAAUCAACUGUACAAUCGAUUUCGCCCCGACGCCAUCGAGCCGUUUUUGAAGGAAAACAUCGAGCAAGUAGACCCCGUCGCUUUGGCUGCCCAUUUGACGACGCCGUGGGACAACGUAGUGCGUCCGUUUUGUUUGCCGGACGGGAUGCACCUGAUCAUGGGCGACGUGAAUGCAGGGUCUGCCACCGUGUCCAUGGUCCGCAAAGUCCUGGCGUGGAAAUCGGCCGACCCCGUUGAAUCUGCCGCCCUUUGGGAAAAGCUGAACGGCAGCAACCAGCAGAUUCCAAACUUGCUGGAGCAACUGCACACGCUCCAAACGACCAAAGCCAAUGGCACGCUGGAGAAGCUGAGCCACUUGUCUCAUCAUCAGUGGGAAAGCACAGAUGCGGACGUAGGACGUCUCCUAUCGACGAUGCGGCAGACGUUCCUCACGAUUCGAGGUUACUUGCGCGACAUGGGCGACCUGGCUGGCGUACAAAUUGAACCGGCGGAUCAAACAGCGUUGAUCGAUGCCACGAUGGAUGUUCCUGGGGUGCUCUUCGCUGGAGUUCCUGGAGGUACCUUCACCCAUCCUCGUCUUGAGCUCGAAAGUUUUGUACCAUGCGUGAAUUGAUCAUACAAUUGGGGUUAGCCGGUGGAAACGACGCAAUCUUUGCGAUUGUUCUGCAUGCGGAUGUCCUCGACCGCGUCGAAGCAUUUUGGUCCACGUGGAAGACCACAAGUGUCAGCGCGCUGUUGGUGGACGCCGCGGUGAACGGCUUUCGAGGUGGACUGCUCCGAACCAUCCAGGACAAAUGAAGCUGCUGCACGCGUAUACGGCCGGUCGGACAUAGUUCAUACAUGUUGCUAUAAAGACUUCAAAUGCUCGACGUCUCGAACCAUGGUCACUUCAGGGCCGAUAUCCAACAAGGACGGAAUGCGCAUCUUGAUCGGGGCGUCCGUUUUCGCGUAUGGAAUCUCCGCUGUGCCUUCUUCCGAGGCGCUCGACGUCUCAUCGCUGCCGCUAUCGUCGCUACUCUCAUUGCUGCCUUCAUCGCCACUGCUAUGGACAGAAGCGUCUUCACUGCUCCCUGUACUUUCGUCGUCGUCUGCGGGCAUUGGCACUGUGCGACGCUGUUGGCUUGGCCCAUCACACAUAAACGCAAACGCUAUGCGUGACAGCGCGUUUGACAUGUAAAAUGUACCGACGAGUGUUGCGAGGAAGGUGGCCACAGUCGGCCAACUCCAUGAGUCGCGAAAAAAGAUCUCGUUCACCGCACGCCGCAAGAUUGCUUCCAUCAUCACGACGUCGGAGAUGUAACAGUCAAUGAUGUUUCCAUCAUUG